UCGGAGACUUUAGCAGCACUCCCGUUUGUAAGGUUUUACGGCCGGAAACGCCUGGGUUUAACGACGGACGACCGCCUGUUCUCGCCGGCUCUCCUUUCUGGGAAGUAGGAAAUCGGCCCUACGUCCCGACCGUCCUGCGACCAGUUCGAGCUCCGGACACUAUCUCGUCGGCUCGCCCUACUCAGGCUUCAGGUGCUCCCGAAUCCGUACUCCUCCCGUCCUCGGUCCUCCGACCUCCCACAGUCCUGCCUCUUAACCAAUGUCUAUCAACUUAAAAUACGCUUGGUGGAUUGACGUUGAUAUCAAUAGAGUUUGAAACACUCCAAGAGAUUGACAUUGAAAGUUUGGGUCCCCAUUUGCUCAGGACCGGCCGCGCCACAAACCUUUGAGAUCAUUAGGUUAAGUGUAGAAUGAAGUUAAUAUCAGGGAGAGUAAUUUCAUCAAGGGCGGUUUCCCUCUCGGACGCCGCCACUAUCAUAUCGAGCUUCGCCGCCUCGGAAACUGGAGCUUCCGAUGCCAUAUCAGUAUAUGUUAGACGCGCUGCUGAUGCAUUCAAUCAGCUGGCUAUGUUUCACAAUCUCUAUAGUUCCGGGCCUGUUGGAAAGGACCAUCCCCGUGAUGAGAACCAGCUGAAAAGUUUGAGGAGUGGGGCAGAAGAAGUAGUGAAGUCUGAGGAAUGCCCAGAAAUGAAUCAUCAUAAAUGUAAGAAGAAGAAGAAGCCAGGGAACCGCGAUUCAGAUAUCAAAAGCAAUGAUUUGGUUAAAACAGACCUUGACUCUGCUGCCGCUGCCACAAUAGAAGAUGUCCGGGAUAAGAUGAGUCAUCGUGCUGAGAAGGUGAAGGCUGAAGGAAAGGUAAAGGAGGUUGAGAAUGUGAAGACUGAAAGCAACUCAGUUGAGGGAGAUAGUAGAAAGAAGGGCAAGAAAUGGAAAAAGGCGGAGGGGGAGACUUUGGUGGUUGAGACCAAGAAGAGGAAGGUUGAAGAAAUUGAUGGAGGUGUAGAGAGCAGUAAGAAGAGUAAAAUGCAGAAGAGAGAAGGGAAAUAAUUUGGAAUGGAAAGGCCAGAGCUAUUGGUAGCUAAUCUGCCUACAUGAACUUAUAGUUAGUUACUUUCUGUUUUAUUUUGAAUGAUGAUCCUUUUCUCCUUAUCUCAUGAAUCAAAUUGCUUUUCUUAGUUAGUUAGCUGUCUCUCAAAGCAAGCAGCAGAAUAUUUCACACUUGCCAAAGAUCGGAAGUUAGUAUGGAUGGAUAGAGCGGAGCCAGUGUGUUUAUGCACUUGUAAUGCGGUGUGGUGUUUACUAAGUGCUGCUGUGUGAUCUUAUUUUUGUAUUACAGGAUGAUAGUGGAAACCUAACUUCACUAUAAAUAUUCACUAUCUUGAAUUGAAUUUUGAAAUAUUCAAUUUUGAAACCAAUGCUGCAGGCUGCUUUUGUAUGUUGUAUGCUUGCUGCAUAAACUGCUGCUAGUGCCGCUCUGAUGAAAUCGUCGAUGUAUGGAGUGACAAUUGCGCUGGAUAUCUCAUUUACCCUUCCCCGUUAUACGGUUAAACCGUUAAACCUUUAGUUCUAUCAAG